GAAUCUUCGGGGACAAUGACCCGGAGGCCCGCUGGCCGGGUACCCAGAGAAUGCACUUCGACUCCAGACUUGCCUAAGUUUAUGGAAACCUUCCAAGCCAAGCACUGUUUAAAAAUGAAAAACGAUUUUGGAGUGCAAGAGGUUGGGUUAGACUGGCCGGAGGUGAGGAGAGUGCCCAGGCCCGGCGGGUUCCCACAGGGACGGCUCGUGGGGCACUCGGCCGCGAGCACUGCAGGGAGGGGGCGAGGGAGAGGGCGAGGAGCCGCCCCCAGCGCCGUUCCGGAGUGUGGUGGGGUCUCGGGGAACGGGGGCAGGGCGAAGGGACGCGCCCCCCGACCCCGCACUCGCCCGGAUCCCGGUGAGGCCCUCGGUCUCGCGCGUCUGCAGUGCGGGGUAGGUGGCGAGCACGAGUCCGGCUCUGCCCGCUGCGGCAGGGACAGCCGGGGAGGCGCCUGGCGAGCUGGGCUGCAGCGCGGCGCGGAGCCUGCAGCGGCACCUCCAGGCCUGCAGGGGGCGGUGCCGCGACGGGGCGGGCCGCGGCGGAAGAAGAAGCCACUCUGGCACCGCGCCCGCCUCCUCCUCACCAUGGCGCCCGCGCGCGCCCUGCCCCGGCUGCUGAGCACGGGUGUCUGGCCCAGGUCGCUGCGUUUACGUGUCCUCCAGGCGGCGACCCCCAGCCCGGCCAGGCCGAACAGCAGGACGCUGGGAAGCGCCGCGACCACCGCCCUGAGCGAGCCGGAGGGUAGCGCCGAUCUCCAGGACAGGGUCCUCAGCGAGCCGCUCAAGCACUCCGACUUCUUCAACCUCAAGGAGCUGUUUUCCGUGAGGACCCUCUUCGAUGCCCGGGUGCACCUGGGGCACAAAGCCGGCUGUCGGCACAGGUUCAUGGAGCCGUACAUCUUUGGGAGCCGCCUGGGCCAGGACAUCAUCGACCUGGAGCAGACCGCCGCGCACCUGCAGCUGGCCUUGAACUUCACGGCCCACGUGGCCUACCGCAAGGGCAUCAUCUUGUUCGUGGGCCGCAACCGGCAGUUCUCGCACCUGAUCGAGAACACGGCGCGGGACUGCGGCGAGUACGCGCACACGCGCUACUUCAAGGGCGGCCUGCUGACCAACGCGCCGCUCCUGCUGGGCGCCGGCGUGCGGCUGCCGGACCUCAUCGUCUUCCUGAGCACGCUCAACAAUGUGUUCGAGCCCCACGUGGCCGUGAGGGACGCGGCCAAGAUGAACAUCCCCACGGUGGGCGUGGUGGACACCAACUGCAACCCCUGCCUCGUCACCUACCCCGUGCCCGGCAAUGACGACUCGCCACCGGCCGUGCAGCUCUUCUGCCGCCUCUUCCGGACCGCCGUCACCCGCGCCAAGGCCAAGCGCCUGCAGGUCGAGGCCCUGUGCCGGCUGCAGGAGGGCGCCGAGGGCCGGGGCCCCGCGGACGCUUCGACCCCGGGCACGUAGGCCGUCCCCCC